AUGUAUGAUCAACUAAGAUCAAUUGAAUUAUCAAUAUAUGCUAUUGUUGAUAUGCAUGGAGCUAAUGUUAUCCGAACAUGGACACGUUUAGCUUCUGUAGCUAUUAUUGGUUCAACACAAAUUAUUAUUCUUCAUCCUGUAGAUUGGCCAAUAGACAGCACAAUUGUUAUUACAACAAUAGGAAAUUAUUUAACUCAAGGAAAAACUGAAAUAUGUACAAUAACAGCUAUAUCAUCGAAUGGACUUACAUUAACAUUAGAUUCAGCAUUAGUCAAUACUCAUUUAGGCUCAGUUACUCCAUCAUCGAAUUUAACAAUUGAACUUUGCCUAACCGGUUUUAAUUCAGGUGAAUUUGCUGUUCAAACAUGUUUUCUAGGUCGAUAUGGUGAAGGAAUUGGUUCAGAUCAAUAUGGCGCAACAAUUAUGGUUUAUUCUAGUUCUGAUAGUAUUCAAUGGUGGCAAGCUUUUCAUCUUGAUCAAUAUCCAGUACAUUUUCAUAUGAAUGGAAAUAUGAGUUUAUCAUAUAUUAAAUCAUCUGCUAUUCAUCAAACAUUUAAUCGAGCUGUUAAUAUUCAUACAAGUCAUUAUUUUACAGUUGAAAAUAAUAUUAUCGAUGAUAUAAUGGAUGGAGUGUUCUUUUUGGAAGACGAUGUUGAAGUCGAUAAUGUUUUACGUGAUUACUAUCCAAAUAAUAUUGUUGAAAAUAAUGCUGUUGCUAGUGGUACUCAUUUUGGUUAUUGGUAUUGUAUGGUUCGAACAUCAGAUGGACAAUCAUUUGCAAUAUAUCGAAAUAUUUGUCCAUAUGGACAAAUAUUUGAUCGAUUUGUAAACAAUAGUGUACAUAGUGUAGGACGUUUUGGUGUACGGAUUUUUCUUGACUAUUCACCAACUGUAGCUGGUAGUCGUUCAGCUGAUACACCAUAUCAAGCAGUAUUUGAUGAAUUAAUAGCAUGA